ACCUACCGCACCUACCCAUACCGUUUUGAAACACCGCUGAAAUCUCCGAGUCUUGUCUUCAGUACGCAUCUGUGCGCAGCAUUUCAAAACCAAGACUCAGACACUGCCGUUCAAAGCCUUCAGCACUGCAAAACACUCUACAAACAAUCCACAAUCCGCCUAUCGCAGUUUCCGAGAAUUGCAAAGCUUGUUCCGGCGCCUAAGUCUAGGAGUACAGAUUCUCAAGCAACAAUGGCUUCCUCAAGGACCUCAGCGCUGCUCUUCACGUUCCUCGUCGCUGCUGCCGCUCUGUGGAUCCCAGCGGAGUGCGCUGGACCCCAGCUCACCCUCUUUGUGACUGAUGAUGCCCUCAACCCGGAGGCGGCUGCCUGCGAUGGCUCCACGUUCGGAGGCCUGUGCCCCUACAGGAGCUACGUGUCCGACAGCACUGAGAAGCAGGUCGGAUACGUGUCGGGCUUCUGCAGCUUUGUGAUCCCUUACCAGGCUGACUCCAGCUUCGAGCAGAUCUGCUACUUCACCUUCUUCUUCGGAACCAACCCCGACACCGUAGUGGACAGCAUCAGCGUUCAGGGACACUUCACUUCUGCGGAUGGCAACCUCCUGUCCAUUGUGGGUGGAACCGGAAAGUACACUGGCGCCAAGGGAUACAACAAGAAGACAUUCGCCAGCAGCGGAGGAGAGGGCGACAGGUACUCGACGUACCAGCACGAGCUGUACCUCAUGUAAGAAGUGAACAAAUCUCUCUUCAGCUCGCGUAUGCUACGAGGACUGGAGCCUCUACAGAUGAUGAAGCGGUUUAGUUCAGUAAGUCUGUUCCUGUAGGUUGUAGUCGUAACGUUGAUUCGAGUCGGAAGGCAAGCACUCCUUGCCUUGAAGCAAUAAAGAAGGCUCUCUCGGCCUUCCCUAGCACGCAUUUAUUGACCGGAGCUUGGACUUGACAAUUCAGAGGUUUUGCGGACGGGUUGGAAUUGGCCAGUUUUGGUUGCUGGGUUGGGGAAACUUAUGGGCCAUGUCAAUCACCAUAUUUCAAGCUCCCAACUUCUGAGCAUCGACAGCAUGAUUUGAAGAUUCAUUUGCAUGAUCUGUCCCAC